CAUGCUGCCGCCAGGCUGAACCGCUUCCUCCGAGGCUCCCUCCCAGGCGGCCGAAACGUCGCCCUUUUCAACUCCUGCCAAGGAGGGCGGCCCUUUCCUGGGGGAGCGAUGAUGAAUGGAGGCUGAGGAGGAAGGGAGGGCAGGGCAGCCAGGCCCAAGCCCUCUGGGAGCCUGAGUGACGACGGCGAAGCCACCGCCGACGCUGUCCACCCUUCCCUUCUUCGGUGCGUUUUGGCGGGCUGAGCGAGGAGCCCUCUGCCAUGGAGUAGCAGCAGCAGCAGCAGCAGCAGCAGCAGGGCAGCCUCCUUGGCCUCGAGGACCAUGAGGAGGCUGCUGCGGGCGCUUCCUUGCCUUCUCUUGGCGCUCUGCCUGGGAGAGAUAAGAGUGGAUGCUGUCUGUUCCAGUGAAUGCAGUUCUAUAAAUGAUGUACAAAUAUCAGCAACAGAAAUUCAAAUCCAAUUGCCUAGCAACUUUAUUAUAAGUAAUGUAACUUUUGCAAAUGGAACAGAAGUGAAGAUUCCACUAGGGAAUAGUUCAAUAUCUGGACUUGAUUCUGGCAUAGAGUAUAUUAUUUAUUUUACAAAUUCUACUGACACAUGCUGCAGAUCCAUCACAACAAAACCCAGUCCAGUUUCUGACAUCCACAUUGAAAACCUUAAUGCCUCAACAGUGAGUUUAACUUGGAAAAAUGAUGACCUACAUGCAUCUAAGUACAUAUAUUUAGUACAAAUAGAGGGAAAUGGGACUUCUUGGAAUAAAUCUUUUGAUACCGCCAAUGCUAUAAUUAGCAACUUGGAGCCUGGCACAUUGUACACAUUCAGCAUCUUUCCAGUAGCAGCUGAUAAUAAUACUGUAGGAGAGGCAAGCAAUACCACUGCUUAUACAAAACCCAGUCCUGUAUUUGAUCUUCAUAUUGCAAAUACCACUAAUACCACAAUAGCUUUGAAGUGGAAUAAUAAUGAUUCAAAUGCUUCUAGUUACAUGUACCAAGUACAAAUUGAAGGAGACAUUCCUACCAGGAUGACAUCUUCUAAUACCACCAGUAUUGUAUUUAAGAACCUAAAACCUGGAACAUCAUACACAUUCAAAAUCUAUCCAGUAGCAGCUGAUAAUAAAACUUUUGGAGACCUUGAAGAGAUUAUUGUUUUUACAAAACCCAAUCCAGUUUCUUAUCUCCAUGUUGAAAAUAUCAGCACUACUACAGUAACUUUAAAGUGGAACAACAGUGAUCCAAAUGCUUCUAACUACACUUACCAAAUACAAAUAGAAGGAAAUGGUACUUCCAGAAAUGAAUCUUCUAAUACUACCAGUAUAGUAGUUUGGAACCUGGAACCUGGAACACCAUACACAUUCAGAAUCUAUCCAGUUGUAUCUGAUAAUAACACUGUGGGAGAUUUGGAGGAGACAACCAUUUAUACAAGGCCCAAUCCAGUUUCUGACAUCCACUUUGAUAACAUCAGCAGCACAGCAGUGAAUUUAAUAUGGAAAAAUGGUGACCUACAUGCUUCUAAUUACACUUACCUUGUACAAGUACAAGGAAAUGGUAAUGCCUGGAAUGAAUCUUUUGAUACCACCACUGCAGUAAUUCAGAACUUGAAACCUGGAAUAUUCUACACAUUCAAGAUCUAUCCAGUAGCAGGUGAUAAAACUGUAGGAGAACCAAGCAAUAUAACUGCUAAUACAAAACCCAGUCCAGUUUUUGACAUCUAUACUGAAAAUGUCAGAACUAAUUCAGUAACAUUAAAAUGGAAUAAUAGUGAUCCAGAUGCUUCUAACUACACUUACCGGAUAAAAAUAGAAGGAAAUGGCACUUCCAAGAAUGAAUUUUCUACUACCAGUAGUUUGCUAAUUAGCAGCCUGGAACCUGGAACAUUGUAUAAACUCAUCAUCUAUCCAGUAGCAGCAGACAAUAGCACUGUUGGAGAUCCAAAUGAUACAACUGUUUAUACAAAACCUGAUCCAGUUUCUGACAUCUUUAUUGAAAGUUUCAGUUCCACAGCAGUGAAUUUAACCUGGAAAAACAAUGACUUACAUGCUUCUAAUUACACAUACCGAAUAGAAGUAAAGGGAAAUGGCACUUCCAAAGAUAAAUUUUCCGAUACCACCAGUAAGGAAAUUAGCAGUCUAGAACCUGGAACAUCAUAUACAUUCAACAUCUACCCAAUAGCACCAGAUAAUAAAACUUCAGGGGAGUUAAACAAUGUAACUAUUUACACAAGGCCCAGUCCAGUUUCUAACAUUUAUGUUGAAAGCAUCAGCACCACAACAGUGAAUUUAACAUGGACAAAUAGUGAUCUGCAUGCUCCUAACUACACUUAUCGAAUACAAAUAGAAGGAAAUUAUUCUGUUGGGAAUGAAUUUUUUGAUACCACCAAUGCAGUAAUUAACAACCUGGAGCCUGGAACAUCAUACAUAUUCGACAUAUAUUCAGUAGCAGCUGAUAAUAAAACUGAAGGAAAUCCAAACAAUGCAACUACCUAUACAAUGCCUAGCUCAGUGUCCAACAUCAACGUGACAGAUGUCAGUACAACAGUGGUCAACUUAACAUGGAAAAAUGCUGACAUGGCUUCUCUUCAGUAUUCCUAUAGGAUACACAUCACUGGGGGGACUGAUGAGAAUAUGACAUUCCAAACCAGUAAUGCUGAAAUUUCAAAGCUGAGCCCUGGUACUAAUUAUACAUUCAGCAUCUUCUCUGUAGCAGGAAAUGGCAAGACUGAAGGAAGUCCAAGCAGCAUAAAUUACUGUACAAAUCCAGCACCAGUGGAUGAACUAGUCUGUAAACCUGUGACCAAGCAGCCAGAAUUGAUAUUAAACUGGACUCCUCCAAAUGGGACAUAUGAAGGUUUCAGAAUUGAAGUCUUAAAUAACAUUUGGAUGGAAACGCUUAAUAGAGAAUACCAAACGUCAGUAAAAAGUCUGAAUUACUUUACCAACUAUACUGUUACAAUUAUAACCCGUUCAUGUGGAAAGGAGAGCUCACCUACAGAAAUUAGAUGCCUUACAAGUAUUACUGAUCCCCCAGUUCCAUCUGAUCCCCCUGCCAUUCUAGGAACCAGCCACUCUUCUUUGAAAGUUCAGUUUGAUAGCUUUGAUUCAAGUCAUGGGCCUGUAACAGCAUAUGCAAUAAUUGUUACAACUGCAGAUGUAGUCUCUAAUGAAUCCUUACAAUAUACUUACGAUGAUUUUGUCCAGAAGAAAACAAGCAGUUACGUUGCAUCUGUCAUCAGUGUAAAGCAAAAACGUUCAUCUUCCUCCUCCAUAAAUCCAGAUUAUGAUAUUGAUAUAGGAGAUGGAUCUACAGCAUAUGGUUAUGUCAAUGGGAAGUUAGAUCCCCUUGGUUCAUACAGGGCAUGUGUUGCUGGUUUCACUCACAUAGCUUUUUUGAAUAAGACUGUUGAGCUCAUCAAUAGAGAGGAGAGUUACGUCUCAUUUACACCUAUUUCAGGACCUGUUGUUUUACCUCAGAAUCCAGGUGUUGUCAUAGGAGCUGUUGUUGGAUGUGUUCUGGCUGCUAUUGUCAUUGCUGCAGUAGUGGGAUUCAUCUUCUGGACAAAGAGAAGGAAUGGUGGAAAAAAUACUGAAGUACCAAUUGGUUCAUUUGAACCUAAAAAAUCAAAAUUAAUUAAGGUUGAAAACUUUGAGCCUUAUUUUAAGAAACAAAAGGCUGACUCAAACUGUGGCUUUGCAGAAGAGUAUGAGGAUCUCAGGCUAGUUGGUGUGAAUCAGCCCAAAUUUGCAGCUGAACUGCCUGAUAACAAAGGGAAAAACAGAUAUAAUAAUGUCUUGCCAUAUGAUAUUUCUCGUGUAAAACUUUCCAUUCAGACUCAGCCAGGCAGUGAUUACAUCAAUGCAAACUAUAUGCCAGGAUACAACUCCAAGAAAGAGUUCAUAGCUGCACAAGGUCCUCUGCCCACCACUGUGCAAGAUUUCUGGCGCAUGAUCUGGGAGAAGAAUAUUUAUACAGUUGUUAUGUUGACUAAAUGUGUUGAACAAGGCAGGACAAAAUGUGAGGAGUACUGGCCAAACAAACAAUCCAAGAGCUAUGGAGACAUAACAGUAGCCAUGACCUCAGAAAUUGUUCUUCCAGAGUGGACGAUAAGAGAUUUCUCUGUGGAAAAGAGUGAUUCAUCGGAAAGUCACCCUGUGAGACAGUUUCACUUCACUGCCUGGCCAGAUCAUGGUGUUCCAGAAACAACUGAUCUCCUUAUUAGCUUCAGGCACUUAGUUCAAGAAUACAUGAAGCAGAACCCAUCAACAUCUCCUACACUAGUACACUGCAGUGCCGGUGUUGGGAGGACAGGAACUUUUAUUGCAAUUGAUCGUCUGAUCCAUCAAAUGGAGAUGGAGAAUACAGUAGAUGUAUAUGGUGUCGUAUAUGAUCUUCGAAUGCAUCGGUCCUUAAUGGUGCAAACGGAGGACCAGUAUGUCUUCCUAAACCAGUGUGUUUUGGACAUUAUUAAAUCUAAGAAGGAGAGGAAAACAGACCUUAUAUAUCAAAAUACAAAUGCCAUGGCAAUCUAUGAGAAUGUUACACCAUCACCACACACUGGGAAGGCAAAUGGCUACCAUGUAUAGCUGCAAAGGAAUGACUUGCCUCCUGCCUAUUACAUGGGAGAGGGAAUAUGCACUGUUUUUAUGCAUCUUUAAAUAGAAAGAUUUCUUUUCCAUUUUUAAAAUAAUGGAUUUGAAUAUGCACAUGUUAAAAAUCCUGAUGGGAACUGUAGUUUCUCUAUAGUAUUAAAGGGAAAUAUACUGUAUUUUACACAAGGGGUUUGCUUUGAAGAACUCAAAAAACUUCAUGUUAUUGGUAAGUUGAACUCAUACCAAUCAAAUGGUGAGAUACAUUAAAAAAAGAAUUACUUGGGUAAUUUUUAAAUUACUUUUUUUAAAAAAAAAUCACAUUCAGGCUCAUACUCAGAUUUGUUGGACACUGGUUCUAUUUUGCUCAGAUUUGUUGGACACGGGUUCUGUUCUAAGAGUUCCAGAGAUGAUGGUUUGCAUGUAUUGGUUUCUUUAACCAAUGAAUAUCUCCAUAAUAGUGACUGUUUUUUCUCUUCAAAAGCAGAACACAAAAAUCUUUUGCAAAUAGGAUAUUUUAGUAUGAAAUUGUGCCUUUUUUUCUAGCUAUUUUGCUAAACAUGAUCAGAGUGCUAUAUUUUUGUACCAAAGUUUUCAGUUGAAAUAGACCAUUUAAAUAAGACUAAUGUCAGUUUCUUAUGUGAAAUAGUUUUCUUGAUUCUUCCCUUGUGGAAAUGGGCAACCAUUCCUUGUAUUUCCUUUUCAUCUGCAAGGCUUUAUUCCAGAGUAAAUUCAUAGAAUCAUGUGAGGCCAACAACACUUGUGUGAUAUAUUGGUUGUAUCCAGUUGUGUUAUCUAUGAAGGACAGAGCUUUUUUUUUUUUACAUGGCUGUGGUGAAACAUUCCCAGGUUUCAUAUUCAUUGAAGAACAUUUCCUCUUUUCUUUUCCUGCACACAUUUGGUCCAAGCAUAUUUACAUUCUCUCAGUGCCAUUUUAUGUCUCUGGCUGAUUUCCACUUCUCAGCUCCAUUUUUGUCCUCCUUAGACCUCAGCCUCGUUUGCUCUUGGUGCCAUUUAAUCUUAUUGACUAUAGUGCUGUCAUAACUGUGCUUCCAAGAUGCCUGUAAACAUAACCAUGAGCAUCAAUACAGUUAAUUAAGUUAAGCAGCAGCGAGCAGAGAUAACUGAAGUUAGUGAGAUCAAAAGUGAAAGAAAGUGAUGAUGAAGUGGCAGGGUGUCAAAUUCAUUAAAAAUGUGAAUGGUCAAGUAUUAUUCUCAAUUAUUUUGCCUUGUAGAAUAAGCUUAUUUCAAAGCAAAUGCUUGAAAUUAGAGAAUGUUUGGUCCAGGUAAAUGAUAUCUCAAAACUUAUGAAAGCAGGAAUGCUAAGUGUGCACUGGCUAUCUUGACAUAGUGGCUCAAACUAUGUAGAGAGACAGUUAUCUGUAGCCUCUAGUAAGUCCAGCAUCACCACACACUGCCUCUAUAUCCUCUGGAUUCAACGCAGUUACAGGAGAGUAAUAAUGUUGGUUUCAUGGUAUGCAAAUAAGUAACAGGCAGUUGCCUUUCCAUCUGAUAAUAGACAUGCCAUUGGCAACUUUGAAUGCCAACUUGGUAAUUAGCAAUUAAUCCAAACUUGAUAAAUUUAUCACUUAAUAACUGUCACCUCCACUGAUCUUGGCAAUUGUCAUUAAGAUGAAGAGGAGGGCCAUGUAUCAGUCUGAGCUUUAACUGUGAGUGAGUGAGUGAGUGAGUGAGUGAGUGACCGACCCCCCUGGUCUGGUUCAUAUUUUUGUGUUCUUGUAUGUGAUAAGGACUUAUUUAAAAGUGCAAUAUUUGAUUUACUGAAUGAAUGGUUGCCUCUAUUUCCAUAGAGUUUACUCAGGUUCAGUGUCUCUUACUCGUUCUGUGGUUUAUGUUAAAUGAAGAACUCCUAUGGCAGAGUGAUCCCAGGAAGGUUCAUUGGCUUUAUUCUAAUUCUUAUGUGAAGUAAAUGUACAAAAAACUACUGGUUCUGCCAACUGCAGAAUAUUUUAGCCAGUUAAAACUGAGAUGUAUAUUUUUAAUGUUCAUAUGUAUCAAAGAAAUGUAAUUGCUCUAUCAUGUUUGUUUGUUUGUUUGUUUGUUUGUUUGCAUUAUGCUGCUGUAGUUGUAAUAGAUACGAUUAAUGAAAAUUGAAGGGUUCUCCAUUAAAUUAAUAUUGUUGGUACACUGUUGUUAAAAUUAUGAAGGCAUUGCUAAUGAAGGAAUUGUGGUCUGGGAAAUGGAAGGGGUUUGAGGUUUGGAUUUUGUUUUGUUUUAGUCAAUGCGCUGGCAGCAUUAGAAAUUGAUAUGAUCAUUGACUGUAUUAUAGAGCUUAAUCUGUAAAGUAUUUUAGUAUUGUGGACUUUAUUCUUCAGCUUUCUUUAGUGCCAAAACCCUUUGAAUUGCAAUGAGUUUGUAUAGCCAAAAUGUAAAUACAUCAUGGUUUUGAGAUACCUCCAAGCCUGUUUGUGUGGCAAAAUCUGUGAUGUCUUUUGGAAACAGAUUGCUCUAAAGUGCAAAAAUGGUUUUACAACCUGUUCUGGUGCUGUAGCGGUUCCAUCAUUUGUUGCUUUGUGUAUCUCUGAUAUUAGGUGAAAUGGCAUUGGAUUUUGGUGUAUGGGUCCAAAUACUUUCUAAUUAUUACAUUUUUAAAAAAUAAAAAGAAGGAAUCUAUCAGCUUUAUACAUCCCACAUUCUAAUGUAAGCAUUUUUACCUAUAAUUAAGCAGUACUUCAAAAACCUUAAUUUAGAAGCCAUCUUUGAAAUUUCAGGUUAUGCCUCCAUGUGGUAAUGUAGUUGUACUAGUGCAAAAGGAACACACAAUGCACAGAGGUUGGCUAGGAAUCAAACCACACAUUGUGUAAGGUUUAUCCUGAUUUAUUUGGAGAUAGAGAUUGGUAAGGACACAUAAAUGCUUUAUAAAAUUGGAUUCCUAUCUCCAACAAUCAUCAUACAGAAAGAAGCUUAGCACAAGGAUAUAUGUAACUAAGAGGUGAAGCAGGUAGCCUCUGGCCGCUCCAGCUGCGAUCGGCCUGGGACCACAGUGACCAGACAGCCCACUUCUGAAGCAGACCACCACCGCUGUCCCAAACAAGCCAUUGGCAAAGAGCGGUUUUUUGCUGAUCCUUUUCUUAGCAGCUUUAGGCUGCCUUAGGCAGCCUCAGAGCGGCUUCUGGCUACCUUAGAGGCAUGUGUCAUCUGCAAGCUAUACCCCCAAAACAGCCAGAAGCCACUCCUUUUGGCCUAUCUGUUUCAGGCCUAACAUAAAAAGCACUGAUUUGUGGUAACCAAAUCUUAACACAAUGACUGAUGCCAGGAACCUUCACACAUUCUGAAAUAAAUUCAUUGACAUGUAAAUCAUUUACCUUAUGCGCUUGCAGAAGUUAGAUCAAAAAUUUACACAUACGCACACGCACACAAUCUGACCAUGGGGAAAUAUGUGCUUUAACUGAUGUUGUUGCAAGCCUAUUCUAAAGUUACACCCCAUUCAUGGGAAGACAACAGUUGUUUGAUUAUUUCAUUUGGCUGCAUCCUAAGCACUUGUUUUUCUGUCAGGCAUGGCCCCACCGAGGUUAGGGUGGAAUAGCUUUCUUUGCACAAGAGACUUUGAGGCAGCAAUAAAGGGCAGCUAACUGUCAUCUAUUUAGUUUAUUAUUUUGACCACUAUGGGGACACAGGUAGUUUUUCUCUGACACCAAAAUGCCUUGGUCUUUCCUAGUUUGCUGGUACAGAGGCAGCCAAGCAGGAUAUCUAAAUGGCUUGAAUAGAAAUAGUUUCUCACUGGUCUGCUUAUUAAGUAAUUUUCUUUUGAUGUAGGCUUGGAAGUUAUCAACAACACCUCUGAGCACAUCAUUAAUGUUGCUAGGAGUGUUCAGAUCAUCCAUUCCAAGUCUUAAAACUCGGAGUAGCAAUGUAAGGGUUAGGAGUCAAAGUAAAGACAGAAUUGUACAUGUAGGCAAAAAUUUUGAUUGCAGUGUUUGCUACUGCAGUUCUCACUAUCAGUAAGACAAGAUCUUAAGUUUAAACAGCAACAACCUCUUAGACUCCAGUUCUGUAGAUUCUUACAGGAACAUAAGUCAUGCUCAGAUCCCUGGGACCUACUUCAGAGUAGACAAGCCUAAGAUUUUACUGUUAAGCAGUGAGAAUUACAGUAAGACCAGUAUCAAGCAAAAACCUCGUGCCUCUUCUUUCUCUCGGUGCUUGCCAAUAUGUAACUGGAUAUUUUAUUUUUCUUAAUUACACAAGGCCUAAUGUUAAAAAGGGAUUCUUCUUUGUACAUCAGAUGUUGAUGUUAAGAUUGUGCUUUCAAAUUAUGUACAAUUAACGUUUGCAGUAUACCAUUCUUAAUUUUAAUGGUUUGAUCAUCUUUCAGUGACCCAAAAGUAACUAAAUAAAACAUUGACAUCA